UUUACUUCCGGCAGUUGAUGUGUCAAAGCUUGUUGUAGUUAGGGAAGCGAUUUUUCUAGAAUCUCUUGAUAUUUUCAAGAUUUAACGAGGAACUGAUAAAUAUGGAUAAGCCACAAAUUAUUCUUCAUGUACAAAAGUCCUUAAAUUAUACAAUUUUUGACGCAAAGUGGAUUCCAUGCAGUGCAAAAUUUGUGACCCUAGGAAAUUAUGCUCGUGGAUCUGGAGCGUUACAAAUAUAUGAAGUUUCGCAUGGAGAUCUUAAAUUGAUAAAAGAGGCAGAGAAAUCAAAAGCGUUUAAAUGCGGUACAUUUGGGGCUUCAAGUCUUCAACAAAGAUAUUUGGCAACAGGAGACUUUGAUGGGAAAAUGGCAAUAUGGAACUUGGAGGCUCUUGAGGCGCCAGUGUAUUCAGUGAAAGGUCACAAGGAAAUUAUUAACUGUAUAGAUGGUGUAGGAGGACUUGGGAUAGGAGAAGGUGCACCGGAAAUUGUUACUGGCAGCCGAGAUGGGAGUGUGAAGGUUUGGGACCCGAGACAGAAGAACGAUCCUGUGGCUACAAUGGAACCAGGAGAGGGAGAGACUAAAAGGGAUUGUUGGACAGUAGCUUUUGGGAAUGCAUACACACCACAUGAGAGAUGUGUCUGUGCUGGUUAUGAUAAUGGAGAUAUAAAACUUUUUGAUCUGAAAACUAUGUCACUGAGAUGGGAAACUAAUGUGAAAAAUGGGGUUUGUGAUUUAGAGUUUGACAGAAAGGACAUCAAUAUGAACAAACUGGUAGCAACUACACUAGAAUCUAAAUUCCACGUUUAUGAUACUAGAACUCAGCACCCUACAAAAGGUUUUGCUUGCCUUACAGAAAAGGCACACAAGUCAACAGUUUGGGCAGUGAAGCACCUACCUCAGAACAGAGAUAUCUUCAUGACUUGUGGAGGUAAUGGAACAGUCAAUCUGUGGAAAUACAAUUACCCAGUGAGUCGAGUGGCCAAGGACAGUGAUGAGGUGGAAAUGGGAGUUCCAGGGACUGUGCAACUUGUCCAGAAUACAGUUUUAUCUACACAACCUAUCAGUUCGUUUGACUGGAGUCCAGAUAAGGAAGGACUAAGUGUGUGCACCUCAUUUGAUCAAAUGUUGCGUGUUUGUAUAGUGACAAAAUUGAAAACUUUGGGAUAAAUCUCUUAUUUAUUAACUGUUGGAAAUUUGUGAAAUGAAGGAUUGAAGAAAAGGACAUAUGGUUAGGCUAAUCUGUGAUGAGAUCAACAUAAGAACAUCUAGAAAUGACUUUGGACUCUUUCAGGCUUAAAUUAUCACUUGAAGAAAGCCGAUUUUAACUGUUUCAAAUGGCCAUUGAAAGGAUUAUCUGGAAAUCCAGUAUUGUCAACUUGAAUAUCAACAAAUGUGUAAACCUCUCUAAAGGAUAAUGAGACAAAUCAUGCAUUUUUUCAUCAAUAUUUUUAAAGAUCAGUGGUAUGCAUUUUGUGCUGAACAAUGCCUUACUUUUACUAGAUUCAGUAUUAAAGUGAACAUUUGGACAGUGGCUUAUACAUCGGGAAUUACAGUCAAACCUGUCUAAAUACUACCUUGGGAAAUAAAAAAAAUGUUCUUUGUAGACAUGUUGUCUCUCAACACGAGUAAAUUUACAGUGUUGUUCAACUGGAAGAGAAAAUAGUGGCCUUUAUAUACAGGCUUUACUUGAACAUGGUCAUUAAUACGGGGUUGACUGUAUCUUUUCAACUUUGUUGUGGUAAUGCUGAAACUGAAACAACAGAUGCAUUUAACAGCAAAUCAUUUUGUGGCAGCUGAUUUUUAUGUACAUGAAAGAUCUUUCAUCUGCUUGUAUAUGACUCAGACAUUAUGACUCUAUACCUAACUUCAAAAGUUACAGUCGAGUUUUUUCAGUAUGAGACCUUUUGUGAAAUGUACCAUUGUGAUAUGUAAAUAUGUUUAUGUGAUUUUUACAAGUUCUUAAUGUGUUCAGGGUUAAUUGUACAAUAACACAUUUGUAAAUGUUCAUUCAUGAAAUUAUCACAUUUAUUAAAGUAUUAAGAACAAAGA